CAAGAGCUCUAUCUUGAAAGUAACAUAAUGAGAAUUUCAAUUCGAUUGCGACAAUCCAUAGAGAAAUGUGUAAAUUCACUAACAGUUUUCAGUCGAUUCAGUGGAAUAAGGGUUCGAAUAGAAAUGGAAGAUUUUAUGACAUUCAUGAAGAUACACAGCUAUCAUAAAUUCAGUUAAUUUGGUAACUUAGUGGUACUUCAAAUCAAUCCUUAAGUCUACUCCAAAUGGUCUUUCUGGAACCCGGACAAAAGCCCUUAGGCAAUUCCAAAAGAUGCAAGUGGGGGAGGCAGUUUGAACCACGUGUAACGAGCCUUGCAUGCAAGGCUGCUACAGUGCCAUCUUCCUUUCCUCAUUGUAACUCGACCUUUCUCUCCCCCACUUUACUAGGGCUACCAGCUAAGCCAUGAAUUUCAUUCACAAGGUCCUCAACAUUGCGCUUCAUUCUAUGGGCCUCAUAACACUUCUCUUCUUCCUACUUUCAUUCCUGUCCUUCAAUUCCCUUUUCUUUAUCCUAAGAUCCCUACUCAGCGAAGAUGUGGCCGGAAAAGUUGUACUCAUCACAGGAGCAUCUUCAGGCAUUGGAGAGCACCUGGCUUACCAGUAUGCGAGAAGAGGUGCUUGUUUAGUCCUUGUUGCCAGAAAGGAGAAGAGUAUCCAAGAAGUUGCAGACAGGGCUCGUAGCUUGGGCUCCCCUGAGGUUUUAGUGAUCCGUGCAGAUGUUUCCAAGGUUGAAGUUUGCAAGAGUUUUGUUGAUGAAGCAGUGGAACACUUCCGACGAUGUUCAAAUGAGCGUCAUCCCUGUAGAGUCAGCAGAAAGGUGUGCAAAUGCAAUUGUAAACAGCACUUGACGUGGGGAAAAAUACCCAACAGAGCCAUCAUGGGUCAAGAUAACACUUCACUGGAAAGCCUUUUGCCCUCAGAUUGUAGAGUGGUGUAGCCACUUGCUAUUAAUCACUAAACCUGGGACUUCUGAGAGAGAAGCACCUAGCAAGAAGAUAUUGGACCUAACUGGAGCAAAGAAGUUCUUGUACCCAACUUCAAUCCAAUCUCCUGAGCUCAAAGUCGAUCGAGGUGUCAAAGCUUAGGUCUUUUGAUGUGUGUCAUAGCUCUGGUUAAUAAACGUCCUCUGCAUUCUACAUUUGGGGUGCAUUCUCCAUGUAGGGAGUGUUCAACAUGUGAAGGUCUCCCACGAAGGGAGUGUUCUAUGAGUAGGGACUAUUUUGCUGAUAAUGUUCCACAUAUCAUUGUGUGUGAAGCAAGGAAGAUUAACUAAUACAUUUGGAAUGUGUUCCAUACGGAGGGUGGAUUCUUCUUAUAGUGAGUGUUAUAUUCGUAGGAUGUAGAGUAAAAGGCAUUAAUAUAUGUCUCUCUAUUGAUAUUUGGUUGAUUCAAAUUAGCAGAGUAUAAGAUAUUGGCAUGCGUGAGUGUGGAACAAUAAACACCUAUUAAAGAAAAAGGUGAGAAACAAUAAACGUUCUGUUGUAUAUGUAGGGAGUGUUCUCGUAUAGGCUGUUUCCUACAUGUACGAUGUGUUCUAUAUCAGAUGUGUAAACAUAUUCUACAACAAGAGA